AUCAUUUCCACCUUCCUUUUCUCUCCAGACAUCCCCAACAAUGGCAGUGCUGAGGGCUGGUACUUGUGCUCUGCCAUGGGCAGGCCGGUUCCUGGCUUCCAGUCGAUCCUCCUGGAAACUUGCAUCGUGUAAGGCUGCGCUCACCGCGACAAUUGCGCGUCCCCGUCGUUUCGCAACAGCGGCCUCCGAGCCCACUCCGGGGAAGCCGUACUAUAUCACGACCCCGAUCUUCUAUGUCAACGCCGCUCCUCAUGUCGGCCAUCUGUAUACCAUGGUCAUUGCCGAUGUCCUGAAGCGAUGGCGAACAUUGCUCGGCGAGACCGAUGCUCAGCUACUGACGGGAACCGACGAGCACGGAAUGAAGAUCCAGCAGGCUGCUCUAGCCGAGGGAAUGGAAACGCAAGCGUUGUGCGAUCGGAACUACAAGAAGUUUGAGGACCUGGCGAAGGCUGCAGACUUGGACUACAACUACUUCAUUCGAACGACGGAGCCUGCGCACAAGGAAGCGGUCCAAUACUUUUGGGAAAUGCUGCAACAUAGGGGGUUCAUCUAUACCGCCAAGCACGAAGGAUGGUACUCGGUCAGCGAUGAGACCUUCUACCCCCAAACACAAGUGCAUAAAUCACUUGAUCCGGAGACGGGACAUACGAGGAUGAUUUCUAUGGAAACAGGGAAGGAAGUGGAGUGGUCUUCGGAAACAAACUAUCAUUUCCGACUGUCAGCCUUCCAGGAACGCCUACUAGAUCUAUACAAAACCGGCUUCAUUACCCCAACGAAUUAUACAACCAACAUCGUCAAGUCCGUUUCUGAAGGUCUUCAAGAUCUGUCGAUCUCCCGACCUUCGGAGCGUCUGACGUGGGGUAUUCCAGUACCCGGAGACGACACGCAAACCAUCUAUGUCUGGGUAGAUGCGUUGGUCAACUACCUCACUAAGGCAGGCUAUCCCUUCGCUCCGGGCCAAGGGGCUCGCCUUGGUUGGCCGGCGGAUGUACAUGUGGUUGGGAAAGAUAUUGUUCGCUUCCACUGUGUUUACUGGCCAGCCUUGCUUAUGGCUCUCGAUCUUCCGCUGCCUCGCAAUGUCCUGGUUCAUGGGCACUGGACCUUGAAUCGAGAGAAAAUGUCCAAGUCCACAGGCAAUGUGGUAAAUCCUUUCUUCGCAAUCCACCGCUUUGGCGUCGACACGAUGCGCUUCUUUCUCAUUCACCAGGGUGAACUGGCGGGAGACGCAGAUUAUGACAACGCUUACAUCAUCCGCGAUUACGAGAAGGUGUUGCAAAAGGGCCUCGGCAACCUCGCUGCACGGACGAUCGGGUGUGCGAAGAAGGAGUUCCGGACUUACAUCGUCAAUGGAGUAGAGGGAAGGCUUCCCUCGCCGACAUCUGCCGAUACGGACUAUGAAGGGCAACUGAGAGAGCUACCCACGAAGGUUGCAAACCACAUGAACAGCCUAAACCCGCGUGCAGCCCUGCAAGAAAUCAGGGCUAUCAUUGAGUUGAGCAAUAAGUACUUUCACAAUGCGGCGCCCUGGCAGAACCCUGGAGAGACCCAGCGAGUCAUCUACAAUGUCGCCGAAACCAUACGGAUGAGUGGUAUUCUGCUGAAACCAUUUAUGCCCACCAAAUCGAAGGAGAUUCUGGACAUGUUUCAGGUGCACCCACAGAGCAGAAGCUUCGCGUCGGCCGAGUAUGGGUCGGACCCAUCCUACGGAGAAGAUACCAAAAAGAAAGUCCUGUUUCCCCCGCUUCCUUGUCGAUUUGAUAACGAAUAGGGCCCGGGACCCAAUCACGACAUCCAGUCUGGAAGUAAGGCCGGUCAUCCCGGUGUGGGAGAAGAGGAGAAAAGGCGAAUCUCCUGGGAGGGUCACGAUCUCCGCUCCCAGCAAGUGCGGGAUUCCAGAGCGUUCCUUCGACCCGGUCAGGUCAGUCGCUUGAUAAAGGUUCGCCAACGGGCGCUUUAUCCCUGACCUAUGCCCCAUCUGCAAGGGAGGUUUAUGUUAUGUCAUCGGUGGAUGGCGACUAGAGCAAGGUUUCGUAAUGUUUAUCAGCGGGAAAAUGGGGGUGGUGAGUGGUGGUGGUUGCGCUCCGCCCAGGCCUGGGAGAUAUCGGUUCGGGAAACUCAGGGAGAGAGGGUUUCCCGCGGCAAACUGGGUUGGUGUGAGAGCCGACUAUAUCGGGAACC